AUGUGGGACUUCACCUUGGAAGGACGAGUCUUCGAUAUCCACGGGAGGAAGCUCCAGAUUGAGGAGCAACUCACUGAGGUCCUGGAUCGAAACCUGGGUCAACGCCAAGUUUUAGCAAGAGUCAAAAACAUGGACAGUAAAGUACAGUCUUUGCUCAAGAUACGCUACCAACUAAACCCGAAAGACUUUGAUUUCGAAGAUCCAGGCGAGGUUCAGGAGUUCGCGGAAGAGCAUUACUGCUACGAGGUUCAGGCUAUAAAGCUCUUGGCUGAACGUGGACUUGGACCAAAGUAUUUUGCCCAUGAGACUCAAGACCAAGAAGAGUGGAUGCCUUUCCCCGGCGGCUAUGUUGACUUUAUUGCCAUGCAACUUCCCCCUGGAGAGGACGUCGAUGAGAUCCAAGACGAGCUUACCAAUCGCCAGCUCGACAGUAUCCGAACUCAGCUUGCGUAUAUCUUAGAGAUGAUGCGCAAGAAUGGCUAUAAGCUGGUCCAGCAACACCCCAGCUAUCUUAACUACGAUGCCCAGACAAAUAAGCUUUAUCUGAUGGACCUUGCGGCGCUCGAUUUCACCGACCCGAAGACGUCGUUCGCGAUCGAUGAGGAGAGCCCGUACGUGGAAGCGUUCAAUAUCUGGCGCGCGCCGUACAGUAAGCCUGCGAAAGGCCCGACGUCAGGAGGAAUGCCGCCAGAUAGUACGCGUGAGAAAGACCCGAAGCCAGGAAGAAUGCCACCAUCCGACCAGUUUACGAAGAAGGAAAAUAAGCCCCCAUGGAGAGGCUAA